CUUGUCCCUUCAGGACGUGGGAAAGAUGGUGGCCCAUCAGGCUCAGCUUGGGCCUGACAGACCCUUGAGAGCCCAGAAAGGCAAGAGGCCACAGACAGCAGGACUGGCCCUCAGAGUUCCCAGACCGGAGGAGGAGGAUCCCAGGGUAAACUGCAGGGACUGUGAAGCCUUUGAAUACAAGGCAUCAAGCACCAGAUGUCCCAAAAAACACUGGGGUCCGACCCUCGUUCCCGUGGCCUUGGGCUCCAGGAGGCUGAAAGAGAAAGUGGAGCCGUGGAGUGAGCGGGACCAGCGGGACCAGGCUGGGCUGUUGAACCAAGCUGAGAGGGAGAAGGCAAGUAGCCGAGCAGAGGAAGGCCCUGCUCCACAGGUUCCCCAGGAGACCCCGGGAGGGGCAGAAGCGCACCUGGAAGGAAGACACAGAAUCUUGUGAUUAUGUGAGGGUGAGUGUGCACUGCUUCCCCGUGCUGUGCCCUGUGGGGACUCGCUGGGCUCCACGGGCCUCCUGGGGGCGGCGGGGCUCCACUUCCACUCUGACCAGUGCAGUUGAGUGGCGCGGUCUUUGCACCCAUUUUUCCCUUGGUGCCCAUGAAGUUGCCUUAUACCUUGUAUGUGUGGGAAUGGUGGGCCGGUUGGCGUGUGAAGGUCAUUGGCGGGCACCUCUGGAGCCCAUACCAUCCUCAGAGAAGAACAGGUGACUGUCCUUCGUGACUGUCCUCAUGAGCAGAGCGGAUGGAAGAGCCGGUCCAAUGGAGGAAGCAUCGAUGGAAGGCAGGACCUUUGUGUGCUCCUCCCUGAUGUCAAAAGUGCAUCAACAGCAUCCUGUCAUGCCUUGUAUGGCCUGUCAUCUGCAUGUGUGUCCAAGGCAUUCGACUUGACAAACAUCUCCAGGACUGAAUCGAAGGGGUACCACAGAAAGGAUGAGAGAAAUCCCCAGGUAGAUACUACAAGAUGGAGACAUUUCCCAAGGGUGACAUAUGCAGGAAUGGAUGUCAGAUAGAGGACAGAGGACAGAGAAAUAGGUGGUAAAAGUGUUCUUUUGGGGCCAAUGCACAGCCCUCCAUCCCCACUGGCAAUACCCUGGCCGGGUCUGAGUGCCAGGGACCAGGAGAACCCGUGCUGUCUUUCCAGUGUGAAAGCUGGCAGGCUGGAGACCUGGGAAUGACCAUUGUGUCACUGCCAAUGCUGUCCCACAGGGGCAGGGUUCUCGUCCUGGGACAUAGGCGAGCUGUGUGCUCCAGGAAGGCCUGGGCUUGACUGGCUGAGGUCACUACACCAAGGAGGACAUUCUGCUCCGCUAAGCCCACGGAGGUCAGAGUUCAUAGCAUCUCAAACUGUCCAUCGGACCCCCUGGUGGAUUGUAUAGGGAAAGAGGAAAUCCCCACAGACCCUUGAAUUGAGGAAGAAACAGGUCCAACCUUGGUGCAUGCAAAUUGGCCAGUGGACUUGUCAUUUGACACUUUUCUAUUCUGUUUUUAGCCUUUAUUUUUCAGCAGAUGAUUAUUUUAUUUGGUCAAAUUCAGGUUGAUUUAGUUCAUAAAAAUAUAAUUCAUGAUCCCACUUCAGAUUCUUGUCUUCCCCACCUAAUUGUCAGCUGAGUCUGUUGUAUUAAAAAAAUUUUCUGGUCCAACACUCCCCAAAAAUCCCUUUUAAAACGUAUUGCCCAUCAUUUUGGAGAUGAAUUGACCUGACCCUAUAGAUCAGUAUUCUUCGUUUAUGUCCCACACAUGAUCAGUGUCUCCAUGAUUGAACUGGUUCUUAAUUUAUACUUAUUGGUGUUCACUUUUAUUGUUUAGAAAUGCUACUGCUUUUUGUGUGUCAAUUUUGCAGGUUGCAAUUUGGAAAAAAAGUUUCGUUAGCAGUCUGUGUGUAUGUGUACCGUUUAGGGUUUUCUAUAUAUAUGAUCAAGUGACUUGUGUAGAGAGAUUGAUAAUUUUACUUCUUUUCAGAUUUGGAUGCUUUUUCUUGAUUAAUUGCUCAGAGUAGUACUUUCACUACUAAGUGAAAUAGAAGUAAUGAACUCUGACCUCUUUGCUUUGUACCUUAAAAAAAACCUUCCAGUUUCUCAACCUUGAGUCUGAUGUUAGCUGUAGAUUUUUAUUGAUUAAAAUGAUUAAUAUGAUUUUGAUUAAUAUGCUGAGGAAAUUUCUUUUUAUUAGUAGUUUAUUGAAGGCUUUUGGUUAAGAAAGCUGGUGAACCUUAUAGAUGCUUUCUCUGCAUCAAUUGAGAUCUCUGCUUAUUGUGAUUUUAUUCAUGCACUCUACUACAUUGAUUGCUUUGCCGAUGUUGAACAAUGCUUGCAUUCGAGUAAUAGAAUCCUGGUUGGCCGUGGUGGUGUAUAAUCCUUUCAGUAUGCUUUUGAAUUAAUUGUGCUUGUACUUUGUUGAAGAUUUUUAUAUCAAUGUUUAUAAGGCAUCUUGGUCUAUACUUUCUUUUCUUGUAGUGUCUCUGUUAGGCUUUGGUAUCAGGGUACUGCUAGCCUUAUACAAUGAGUUAGGAAGUAUUUCCUACAUUUCAAUACUUAGAGAUUGUUUGAGGAGUACUGUUGUUAAUUCUCCUUUAAAUAUUUGGUAGAAUUCACAAGUGGAGCCAUCUUGUUUAGGACUUUCCUUUGUUGGGGAUUUUUGAUUACCAAUUCAAUCUCUCUCUCUC